CUACUCAUUUGAACACAACAGUGUCAGAGUAUAUCGUUCAUUAUUUCCAUUCGCAUUUCAGAAAUAAUGGGUGGAAAAAGUUAGAUAGAUAAAAUGAAGGUUAAAUAAUGGCGUCAAAUAGGUAUUAUACUGAUCCUAGGAAAGAGCAAUUUGGAGGCGUCCAUUUCCGUAAAUCACAACCAGAUGUUCCCUCUUAUUAAAACAAAAACAUUUCUGUUUGGUCAGGAUAUAGAUUACUGUAUAAGAUUUAUAGCGUCAUGUUUCAUAGGAAAAUUGAUUAAGCUGACAGAAUGAUAUGAACCUGAUCUAACACAGUUUAAUUCAAGACUCAAAUGUGCUGCGUUUUUGAGCUUCAAGGCAAAUUGAGAAUGUUGAAACAACCAGUUAACGUUUAACCAUGAACAAAGUCUAUAAGCAGAAAAGAUCGUAAAUGAAAAGAAUUGGAGUCACAUCACGUGAAAGGGUCUUAAAGGGGAGAAAGAGAAAGCAUUCUGCACAGUGUUCUGGCUGCUGAAGACCGUCGUACUACUGCAAGUUGUGCUGAGCAUCUGAUAGUCUUCAACACAAAGAUAACAGUGCUGUUUUUCAGCGGCAGUUUAUCUCCAGUAUGUCAGAGGAGCGAGGAAAGGACUCUCUGUCUGAGAUGAGCGUCUCAGUGAAACAGAGUGUAAGAUCAGGCUCACAUGUGUCCAGCUCUGUGUCUGUGAAGAGUGACCGGUCAAAAGGAGACGGACCGAACUUUCCUGCGGAAACACCAUUCAAAAAUAGUGUAAGAUCAGGCUCACUUGUGUCCAGUUCUAUGUCUGUGAAGAGUGACCGUUCAAAAGGUGAUGGACCGAACUUCAGCGAGAAAAAAACAUCACCUUCAAAAGGUGUAAGAUCAGGUUCACAUGUGUCCAGUUCUGUGUCUGUGAAGAGUGACUGUUCAAAAGGCCACGGACCAAACUUCAGUGGGAAAACACCAUGUAACAAGAGUGAAAGAUCUGAAUCGCAUGUGUCCAGCUCUGUGUCUAUGAAGAGUGACCAUUCAAAGGGAGAUAGACCAAACUUCAGUGAGAAAACACCAUCACCUUCCCAAAGUAACAAAGGACAUAAGUCCACAGUAAAUAUUGGUGAAGAAAUCACACGGUGGGACGCUCUGAAAGCACAGAAGGGAUUAAAGAGUGAUGUGCAACUGGCAACUUAUCUUCUGAACAGGGUUCAGUUUGAGAAAUCGGACUCAAACUACAAGAAUUACCGCAACCGCAAGAAUUUCAUAGACAAUCUCCUCUGGAUCUUCAAGGAUCUUGAGAAAAAAAUAAUUGCAUUUCUGAAGAAUGAGCUGGAAAAGUUUAAAAAAAUAUUAAAUAGAGAGAACACACAGUACUUUGUGCAGGACUUUAUAGAAGAGAUGCGUGAUAUCAAAGAAGCAGCUCUUGAUAUCACACUUUACUUCCUGAGAGAUAUGAAGCAAUGUGAGGCUGCAGAUGCUCUACAAGAUGAGCUGUUCCUCAUUCAUCAGCGACCACUAAAAUCAAACCUGAAGAAGAAAUAUCAAUCUGUAUCUGAAGGAAUUGCAAAGCAUGGUGACUCCAAGCUUCUGAAGAACAUCUACACAGAUCUCUGUAUGACUCUGAGUGUUAGUAAACAAGUUAAUAUCCAAAAUGAAGUAGGACAAGUUCAGGCUGCUGAUAGACGACAUGAAUCAAAAGAGAUUCCAGUUGAAUGCAAAAAUUUGUUUGAAGCACCUGAACCAGACAAGGAGAUCAGAACUGUACUGACAACAGGAGUUGCUGGCAUCGGAAAAUCAGUCUCUGUGCAAAAGUUUAUUUUGGAUUGGGCUGAUGGUAAAGAAAAUCAGGAUAUUACUUUCAUAUUUCCUCUUGCAUUUCGAGAAAUGAACUUAAAGGAGAAAGAAACACAAAGCUUGACAAGACUUAUAAGUCAGUUUUUCCCAGAGAUAAAAGGACUAAACCUUGCAAGAAAUGAUAAAUUUAAAUUACUGUUCAUCCUUGAUGGUUUGGAUGAAUGUCGUCUUCCUCUAAACUUUGAGGGUAAUGAGAUUUGUCGUGAUGUAACGUCACAAGUCUCUCUGGAUGUUCUACUCACAAACCUGAUCAAGGGAAAUCUGCUUCCUUCUGCUCUCAUCUGGAUCACCACCAGACCAGCAGCUGCCAUUAAAAUUCCUCCCGAAUGUGUUGACCGCAUGACAGAAGUACAAGGAUUCAAUGAUGCACAAAAGGAGGAGUACUUCAGAAAAAGAUUCACAGAUGGGGAUCUGGCCAGUGAAAUUAUUGGUAAUGUUAAACAAUCAAAGAGUCUUUUUGUCAUGUGCUACAUCCCAGUCUUCUGCUGGAUUACAGCCACUGUUCUCCAGAACAUUUUAGAGGAGAAAAGGAAUAAUGAAGUGAAAAAUUAUCAGGCUGAUGACUUCUCCAAAACACUGCAGGAAUCUAAUACUGUAGACACUCCCAAGACUCUGACACAAAUGUACACACACUUUGUCCGCUUUCAGAUGCUGCAAAGCAGACGAAAGUAUGAUGGUGAAUACACACCAGAUGUUUACUGGGAUAAAGACGCCAUGCUUUCACUGGGGAAACUGGCAUUUCAUCAGCUGCAGAGAAACAAUCUGCUCUUUUAUGACACAGAUCUGGAAUCCUGUGAUAUUGAUAAAUCUAAAGCAUCAGUGUAUUCAAGCAUGUGUACCCAGAUCUUUAAGGAGGAAAAAGGGAUCAUACUUGGUACCGCUUUCUGCUUUGUUCACUUGAGCAUUCAAGAGUUCAUUGCAGCCCUUUAUGCACAUCUGUUUCUAGACAUUCACAAGAAAAGUGUGUUUAAUCAACAUGAGUCUACAGAACUGAAAAAGAAAAAUGAAAUCAUGAUUGAUUUGCUCAAGACUGCAGUGGACAAGGCACUUGAGAGUGAAACUGGACACCUGGAUCUUUUCCUUCGCUUUCUUCUUGGUCUGUCACUCCAGACCAAUCAUCCUCUCUUUCAAGGUCUGUUGACAGAGCAAGAUGUCAAUGACGAGAACUACAAGGAAAUAGUUCAGUACAUCAAGGAUAAAUUAGAAGCUAAUCUUUCUCCAGAGAGAUCCAUCAAUCUGUUCUACUGUCUGAAUGAACUGAAUGAUCAAACUCUGGUGGAAAAGAUUCAGACUCAACUUAGAGAAGGAAGUCUCUCAUCUGCUGAUCUUUCUCCUGCUCAGUGGUCUGCUGUGGCCUUCGUUUUGUUGACAUCAGAGGAAGAGAUGGAGGAGUUUGAGCUUCAGAAGUUCAAGCAAUCAGAUGAGUGUCUCUUUAGGCUACUGGAAGUUGUGAAAAUCUCCAAAAGAGCUCUGCUAAAUGAUUGUAACUUGACAGAUGAGAGCUGUUCAAAUUUGGCUAAAGCUCUCAAAUCAGAUAACAGUCUGAUAGAGCUGAAUAUGAGCAAUAAUAAUCUAAAGGAUUCAGGAGUAAAGCAGCUAUGCAUUGGACUGGGGAAUAUUACGUGUAAACUGGAGAUACUGAAGCUUAGUAACUGUUAUCUAACAGAAGAAAGCUGUUCAGCUCUUGCUUCAGAUCUCAGUUCAGACUCCAGCAGUCUGAAGGAACUUGAUCUGAGCAAUAAUAAUCUACAGGAUUCAGGAGUGACGUUGCUUUCUGAUGGAGUGAAAGAGAAAUGUAAACUGGAGAAACUCGGACUUUCAGACUGUGGUAUCACUGAAGAAGGUUAUAAAGCUCUGGCUUCAGCUCUGAGAUCAAACCCUUCACACAUGAUAGAGCUGGAUCUCACAGGAAAUGAUCCUGGAGAAUCAGGGGUUAAGGAGCUCAGUGAUUUACUACAGGAUCCAAACUGUCAACUGAAGACACUGAGGUUUUUGGGUCCUGCAGCAGAAAAAGCAUGUCAGUAUUUGGCUGGAUUUGUGAAUGAAAACCCGUUACUUCUGAGAAAACUGAAUCUGAGUGAACAUAAACUAGACUUGAAUCAGCUCGCUCCUCUACUUCUGGAUAAACACUGUAAACUGAACAAACUGGUUCUGAAUAAUAGCUCUAUCACAGACGAAGAUUGUUGUGUUCUGGCUGAAGCUUUAAAUUCAAACCCUUCAAAUUUGAAAGAGCUGGAUUUGACUGGGACUAAACUCAGAGACACAGGAAUGAAGAUCUUCUCCACUCUGUUUGAGAAUGAACAAUGUAAACUGGAAAAGAUUAAGUUUAAUAAUAUCUGUAUUACAAAAGAAGGUUGUGCUGCUCUGACUGCAGCAUUUAAUUCAAACCCUUCAAACCUGAUAGAGCUGGAUCUAAGUGAGAAUUCACUAGGAGACCCUGGAGUAGCAGAAAUCUCCAAACUACUGGGAAAUUCACUAUUCACACUAAAGAUACUCAGAAUGUCAAACUGCAGUAUCACUGAAGAAGGUUAUAAAGCUCUGGCUUCAGCUCUGAGAUCAAACCCUUCACACCUGGUAGAGCUGGAUCUCAGAGGAAAUGAUCCUGGACAAUCAGGAGUGAAGGAGCUUCUUGAUUCUGUAAAGGGUCCAGUGUGUAAACUAAAACUGAGGUUUUUGGGUCCUGCUGCAGAUGAAGCCUGUCAGUAUGUGGAAAGAGUUGUGGGUAAAAACCCGUUACUCCUGAGACAACUGAAUCUGAGUAACCUAGAAGACUCAAAUGUGAAGAAGCUUGCUGCUCUACUGCAGGAUAAACACUGUAAACUCAACAAACUGAAGCUGAAUAAUAACAGCAUUACAGAAGAAGGUUGUAUUGCUCUGACUUCAGCAUUUAAUUUAAAUCCUUCAAACCUGAUAGAGCUGGAUCUAAGUGGAAAUAAACUACAGAACUCAGGAAUAGAAAAGCUCUGUCAUCUGUUGAGAAAUCCACAAUGCAGAUUGAAGAAACUCAAACUCUCAGACUGCAGUAUCACUGAAGAAGGUUAUAAAGCUCUGGCUUCAGCUCUGAGAUCAAACCCUUCACACCUGAUAGAGCUGGAUCUCAGAGGAAAUGAUCCUGGACAAUCAGGAGUGAAGGAGCUCAAUGUUGUACCACAAAAACCAGACUGUAAACUAAAACUUAAAUUUUUGAAAAGUCCUGCUGCAGAGCAAGCAUGUGAUUAUCUCACUGAAGUUCUGGGUAAAAGUCCAUUAUUACUGAAAGAACUGGAUCUGAGUGAAGAUAAAUUAGGAGAUCUUGAUGGAGAAAAGCUCUCUGCUCUUUUGAUGGACUCUCAUAACAAAGUGGAGAAAAUUAAGCUGAACAAUUGUAGGCUGACAGACAAUAGCUGUUCGGUUCUAGCCACUGUUCUCUCCUCCAAAACCAUCCUGAAAGAGAUGAACCUGAACAACAGUCGUCUGCUGGACUCAGGAGUCAAAGAGAUCUGUGAGGGACUGAAGAAUCCUGUGUGUGAGCUGAAGACACUCAAACUCUGUAAGUGUGAUCUAACAGAGGAAAGCUGUUCAGCUCUUGCUUCAGUUCUCCGUUCAGACUCCAGCAGUCUGAAGGAUCUUGAUCUGAGCAAUAAUAAUCUGCAAGAUUCAGGAGUGAAGCUGCUCACUGAUGGACUGAAAGAAAACUGUAAACUACAGAAACUCAAACUCUCUAACUGCAGUAUCACUGAAGAAGGUUAUAAAGCUCUGGCUUCAGCUCUGAGAUCAAACCCUUCACACCUGAUAGAGCUGAAUCUCACAGGAAAUGAUCCUGGACAAUCAGGAGUGAAGGAGCUCACUGAUUUACUACAGGAACCAAACUGUAAACUAAUACUGAGGUUUCUGAGUUCUGAAGCAGAAGAAGCCUGUCAGUAUGUGAUAAGAGUUGUGAAUAAAAACCCAUUACUUGUGAGAGAACUGAAUCUGAGUAAACAUAAACUGGACAGCACACAUAAAGUGAUUCAGCUCGCUGCUCUACUGGAGGAUAAACAUUGUAAACUGAACAUCAUUCAGAUGAAUAAAAACAGUAUUACUGAAGAAGGUUGUGCGGCUCUGACUUCAGCAUUUAAUUCAAAUCCUUCUAACCUGACAGAGCUGGAUCUGAGUGGAAAUAAACUAGGAAACACAGGAAUACAGAAAAUUUGUUUGCUUUUGGAAAAUCCACAAUGCAAAUUGGAGAAACUGAAACUUUCAGACUGCGGUAUCAAUGGUGAAAAUUACAAAACCUUGAUUUCAGUUCUGAGAUCAAGCCCUUCACGUCUGACAAAGCUAGAUCUCACCGGAAACUAUCCUGGAAAAUUAGGGCUACAGUGGCUCUUUAAAUUACUAAAGGGUGCAAUGGGUAAUUUAAUGAACAUCAGCUUUUUGAGUCCUGCUGCAGAGGAAGCGUAUGAGUAUCUCUUUAACAUUCUGGGUACAAAUCCUUUACUGCUCCAAGAACUGGAUCUGAGCACAAUUAAACUUGGAGACCUUGACUGGGAGAAACUCGCUGCACUUCUGCCGGACUCUCAUUGCAUAGUGGAGAAAAUAAAGCUGAAUACUUGUGAGCUGACAGAGAAAAGCUGUUCAGUUCUAGCUACUGUUCUCUCCUCCAAACCCAACCUGAAAGAGAUGAACCUGAACAACAGUCGUCUGCUGGACUCAGGAGUCAAACAGAUCUGUGAGGGACUGAAGAAAUCUAAGCUUGAAAUACUAAAACUCUCAAACUGCAGUAUCACUGAAGAAGGUUAUAAAGCUCUGGCUUCAGCUCUGAGAUCAAAUCGUUCUCACCUGAAAGAGCUGGAUCUCACAGGAAAUGAUCCUGGACAAUCAGGAGUGAAGGAGCUUGUAAAUGUACUGCAGGGUUAUUUGUGUAAACUCAGGUUUUUACAAAGUCCUGCAGCAGUUGAAGCCUGUCAGUAUGUGACCAGAGUUCUCUGUAUAAAAGACCCAUUAACCCUGAGUGAGCUGAAUCUGAGUAAACAUAAACUAGAACUAAAGAAUGUAGAGCAGCUUGCUGCCCUGAUGCAGGAUAAACACUGUAGACUCAACAAACUUCAGCUGUGUGACUGUGAUCUAACAGAGGAAAGCUGCUUAGUUCUUGCUACAGUCCUGAGAUCAAACUCCAGUCUGAAAGAACUUGACAUGAGCAACAAUAAUCUGAAGGAUUCAGGAAUAAAGAAACUCCAGAACGGAUUAGAAAAUAAAAACUGCACACUGCAGAAACUCAGACUCUCAGACUGUGGUAUCACUGAAGAAGGUUAUAAAGCUCUGGCUUCAGCUCUGAGAUCAAACCCUUUACACCUGAUAGAGCUGGAUCUAACAGGAAAUGAUCCUGGACAAUCAGGAGUGAAGGAGCUCACUGAUUUACUACAGGAUCCAAACUGUCAACUGAAGAUACUGAGGUUUUUUGGUCCGGAUGCAGAAAGGGCUUCUGAAUAUGUGCCUGGACUUGUGGGUAAAAACCUGUUGCUGGUAAAAGAGUUGAAUCUGAGUGAUGUUAAACUAGGAGACACACGAGUGAAUCAGAUCGCUGCUCUACUGAGGAAUAAACACUGUCAACUCAACACGAUAUUUCUGUGUAGAUGCAGUAUUACACAGAAACAGUGUCUCAUCCUGACUUCAGCUCUGAAAUCAAACCCAUCACACCUGAGAGAACUGGACCUCAGUGGGAAUAAAAUAAAUACAGGAGUAAAUCACUUAUGCGACAUACUGAGGUAUUCACACAGUAAACUGGAGAGACUGAGGUUCAGUGGAUGUGAAAUAAAAGAUGAAGGUUGUUCUGCUGUGAGUUCAGCUCUGAAAUCAAACCCAUCACAUUUGAGAGAACUGGACCUGAGUGGAAAUCAUCUAGGAGACUCUGGAGUGAAAAACAUCAGUGAUCUACUGAUGAACCCACGAUGCAAGCUGGAAAUACUCAAUUUGUGUGGAUGCAGUAUUACAGAGAAAUAUUGUCUCAGCUUGACUUCAGCUCUGAAAUCAAACCCAUCACACCUGAGAGAGCUGGACCUCAGUGUGAAUCAGAUUAAUAAGACAGGGGUGAAUCACUUAUGUGACGUACUGAAGGAUUCAGCCUGUAAACUGGAGAGAUUGAGGUUCAGAGGUUGUGAAAUGACAGAUGAAGGAUGUUCUGCACUGACUUCAGCUCUGAAAUCAAACCCAUCACAUCUGAGAGAACUGGACCUCAGUGGAAAUCAACUAGGAGACUCUGGAGUGAAAAACAUCAGUGAUCUACUGAUGAACCCACAAUGCAAACUUGGAAAACUAGCUCUGUGUGGAUGCAGUAUUACAGAGAAACAGUGUCUCAUCCUGACUUCAGCUUUGAAAUCAAACCCAUCACACCUGAGAGAACUGGAACUCAGUGGAAAUAAAAUAGAAAACACAGGAGUGAAUCACUUAUGUGACGUACUGAAGAGUUCACACUGUAAACUGGAGAGACUGAGUCUAAAUGACUGUGGCAUUACAGAUGUUUCUUAUUUGGCUCAGUCUUUGGAUAAGAAGACAUCAUUACAUUUUCUAAAAGAACUUGAUCUGAGUAACAAUAAAAUAGUAAACUCAAAGACGCAGCUCACUGAGGUGCUAAAAGAAUCAGGCUGUGAACUGAGACUAGACCGUGAAAGCUGGCUCAUAACUGGUCUAAAACGCAUUGGUGGAUGGUUUGGGUAUUCAAGAAGAUGUACAAACAGAACCCUUCAAGCACAGGUUGAUCGGAGAACAGAUGAGUACAGUAAACAGGAGACUGGCUCUUCAGUAUAAAAUCUUCAUCAAUCAUGUAGUGGACUGUAGGAUGGUAACACUUAAAAUACACCUUCCACUCAACAGUGUGGAAAGUUUUAUUUCAAUGUGAUCAGGUUUAUGUGGACAAACAGGCAGUUUCCACCUAUUAAUAACAUGCAUUUCAAAUGUGUCUCAGUUCAAACAUUGUCAAGACUCUCUCUUCUUGUUUCUUCCCCUCUACAUCACUUUCACUUCAGUGCUAAGUGCCGUUUGUUGACCGUGCAGUAAUACAUAAUGUUCAUUUAUUCAACAAUCCUCCUUUAUUGUAUUAAUAGUGUAAAGGGGAAACUCAUUAGCUGGUGUGCCAAUGUUAUUCAUAACUGGAUACUAAUGCUUUGAAAUUGAAUAUGAAUUGAAAUACAAUGUAUUUCUAUGUAUUUCUAUGUAAAUAAAUACUUUAUACUAAGUUUUAUGCACAGAUGGUGCAUCAACCUUAAACAUUUUUUUGUACAAGACCUGUAUGCGACUGAGUAUUUAGUGGAUUUGUCUGGAGACUAAAGGCUAAGAAUUUUUUUAACUUCACAUUGUUGUGUCUAUUAUUUAGUGUGCUCAGUGGAAUACCCAUAAUUCCUUGCACUUUAAUAAUUUAUUAUAGUAAAUAAUUUAUUCAAAGCAUGACGCAUGAGAUCCUUCUGUGCAUAAGUGGAGUUUGUAAUUAACAGGUCUUUGAGUUUUAAGUAAUAUUGUGAUUGUUUUAUUGUGAAGUUGUGGUUUCUGCUUUCACUUUGUUGAAGUUUCUAAUUGUUUUUGUGCAUGUUCAUGAUGCUUAACUGUAAUCUCUCUAUGUUCAUUAAACAUGUUCAUGACGAUUACAAGGGAAA